GUAGUUGAAGCCAGUACUCUCGAGCCAAUAGUACACGUACGACGUCGUUGCGAACACCGUGUGCGGUUUUUCAACAUCAGUCUCGUCGCGGUGCUCCGUCUUGACACGUCUCGUAACGUCACAUCGAAAAGAUAUAAACGCGUGUACUCGAGCGUACGACCGACGGUGACAUAUAAAACGCGGCGUUUCCUCAUCUUCAGACGGGGCGAUCUCACCGCGAUCGAAGCGCAACGAGUCUCCGUCAGGGUUCUCGUGGUAAUCGCGUUUAAAGGCCGCGCGAAAGCUGCAACUCUUCUUCGGUACCCGCUCCCCGCAGCAAACCACGCGCAAAAAAAGCAGCUACGCCGCAGCAGAUUCAGCCGCCGCCUUUCGAGGCGAGUGUUCGCCGAGAGGGCAUCCACCCUCGGCCGGUGGAAAUCGUCAUCCUCCCGAUCUGGCGCAACGGACUCAUCCGGCUAAGUCGUCGGAAGGUGACAUCGCAAACGAGGCAGCGCGACGAAAGGUCACGCCAUGCCGGCAGGUAUUGGCGCUUCGUACAGGUCGUUAGGCGACCUGGGCGAAGACGUUUACAAAAGCACGACCAUCGUCGACCAGACACAGACCACCGGCCAGAGCGUCCUCGAGUCCGUCAAGAAAGCGUUUAGCUUCGCCUCGCCGAAGGUCGAGAUCCGGAAAAAGGACCCGUUGAUUGAGGAUCGCCGCGAGAGCGUCUCGAUCGUCUCAAGGGAGAAAAACAAGAUGCCGACAGCAGCCACUGCCGAGGAAUCUGCUCUUUUGGGCACGAUGCCUUCCGAUAGCAUGGACGACAUCGAGCUGAAGAACAUUCAGCUGCAAUUUCCGGCACUGAGAUACCUCUCCAGAGAUGACGCCUCCGUGCGAGAAGAAAGGGUGGAGACCGACAAGGGAAGUUUACUGGUAGCGGUGCAAGGAAAUCGAGCGAAACCAGCUAUCCUCACUUAUCACGAUCUAGGCCUUAACUACAUCUCGAGCUUCCAGGCGUUCUUCAAUUACAUCGAUAUGCGCGUUCUACUCGAAAACUUCUGCGUGUACCACGUAAACGCACCCGGGCAAGAAGAAAACGCGCCGACGUUACCAGAAGAUUAUAUCUAUCCGUCCAUGGAUGAGCUAGCCGAACAGCUGCUCUUCGUUCUCGGCCACUUUGGCAUAAAGUCUGUAAUCGGUUUCGGGGUCGGUGCUGGAGCCAACGUUCUCGCAAGAUUCGCGUUCGCCCACCCGGAGAAAGUAAACGCACUGUGCCUGAUAAACUGCGUGUCCACGCAAGCGGGAUGGAUCGAGUGGGGCUAUCAAAAGUUGAACGUGCGACACCUGAGAUCUCAGGGUAUGACUCAGGGUGUUCUCGAGUAUUUGAUGUGGCAUCACUUCGGCAGGGGGACCGAAGAGCGGAAUCACGAUCUGGUGCAGGUGUACAAGAACUACUUCGAACGUCGUGUAAAUCCAACGAAUCUCGCGUUAUUCAUCGACAGUUACGUCCGUCGAGCGGAUUUGAACAUAGCGAGGGAAUUGGACCCGACUCGCAAGAAGGAGGGAAUGACGCUUAGAGUACCGGUAAUGAACAUCACAGGUGCCCUAAGCCCUCACGUCGACGACACCGUAACGUUAAACGGACGUUUAGAUCCGACGAACAGCUCCUGGAUGAAAAUUUCGGAUUGCGGUAUGGUGCUGGAAGAACAACCGGGUAAAGUAAGCGAAGCCUUUCGACUGUUUCUCCAGGGCGAGGGAUAUGCGGUGAGAUCCUCUCGGAAGCCCGUGAAGCCGACAACACCCGAAGUGGCCCCGCUGUCGCCGUUGAAAAUGGCCGAUUUCCGACUGGCUUCGAUGGAGGGACUGAAUCACGUCUGCAGCAAGAAGAUCGACUGGCCUACCGCGACCAUACACAUCACGGAGAAUCCGAUAUCGGAGGCAGUCGUUUGUUAAAAUGUUUUAUCGCCGAAUCUCUCAUCACUCACACAACAUCAUCGAUUUUUGUUACGCGAUUAACUGGGCGUAUUAAAGCGAAAGAUAAUUUCGGAGACGUCGGUUAACUUAUAGAGGGUUUCGUCGGGCAACGAUUCUUCGCGGCACUAAUCGCUGAUUUCUUUUUUCGGAGCUUUUGUCGGCACCGCAGUUUUACUUUGUAAUCGCGAUACGCAGCUCGAAUCACACACGCGUUUGUGUUUUAUUUCUAUAAAUAAGUAUAAGUUAAGAGCUUUCUUUUUAAAAGAGAGAAUUUACUAGUUUAAGAACUAAUCAGAUGUGUUUUAUCAACGCAGUUUUAUUCCCGGCGUGCGAUGUUAUUAAAGACAGUAUCGGUUCGUUAAAGAUUAAAAAACUAACGUUAAUGUUUGUAAACUUUAGCUUGGGUUUUUUUGCGAGUGGUUUUAAUGAACGGUGCAAAGCGAUUGUUUUACACAUACAAUCUUUUGUCGUAAGAUAUCGUUUUAAUGAAUCGCCUUUUACACAUUUAUUCGAGUGUAAAAAAGAAGUAUUUUAUCAAUUCCAACGAAUAUUCCGUUUGCAAAUGUGUUAUUGCCCGCAUUUUUAAAAAGUUCUAACAUUUCGAGAUGUUACGACAUCAGGAUGUAUUAAAUGAUUUUUAGUGCACUUGCGUUAAAACGAUCAAAUUUUUUUAACAAUACUAACCAAGCGAGUCACGCGUUGUGAAAUAUAUUUGCAAAUGCGGACGCACUGAAAAUAAUUAAUAAACCCUGAUGUACACCCUGAUUGUACAUCCAUAUACAUAUAUGUGAGUACGUUACUAUUGCGACGGAGACGCGCGAUUACAACUUUUCACAAAUACGUAACAUUUCAUACAAUAAUAUUAAUUAACGCUCAGCAAAGAGGAGAACAGUUAUUCCUGAUUCUACCGAAACUGUGCACACACAUAAAUAAAUAACAUUAAUAAGCGUUACCUAAACAACCAGAAAAACAAUGCAUUAUAACAUAAUUAUAAAUACUGAGAAUGAAUAAUAUAUAAAACACAGUUAUACGAAAGGCAUCGAAAGCGUGUGGGACAAACACGUCGUAGAGAAGAACAGCGCACCUCCGCUUUUCGUGUUCACAUAAACAAACAACUGAGAGAGAGAGACAACCAUUUAUGUAUAAACAAAACUUGCAUACAAACAACUUCCCGCUAAAAUAACGUCUACCCGAGUACGAGUGUAAUAUCUCGUCUCUGCAUUCGCCGCGCAAUAAAUGUAAAAACAAAAAUACAAAUUAAUGAUAUAUUAAAAAGCACAUCCGCAAAGAGAUCCGCGGAGAUGGUUUUUAUUGGUAAGAAUAAAUCUCUAUUUUCCGUGCAUUGCCAAAUGAAGAUUGUCAAUUCGCGGAAAAUAAUAUACUGUUUUGUUCAUACGAGACGUGAAAAUUGUGAUAAAACAAUUUUUCUAUUAACACCUUGCGAUAUCAAAGAGAAAACUGUUUGAUGUCGUUAUGUUUUCCAAUUUUGUCGCUCAUGUCCAUCCCCGUUUACAAUGAAUCGACCAGUCUCGAGAAUAAACAUCAUGUGUUCGCGCUGUUUAUAUAAUUGCAAUUUUUUCUCUACUUUACACAAAUCUAUUUAUUUACAAUCGGUGGUUAUUAAGAUUAAAUGAUAAGAAGAAAUAAAAGUGAUAAGAAUAAACGCGCCCACUCAAAGAAAAAAGUUAGUGAUUACUGCUAUAAUAUCAAGAGAUCGGAGGUUCUCUGAAUAAAUCGAACGAAGAUUGAAACGAAAGAUCUGCGACUUAACAGCAAUUUUUUUGCCAAAAAGGGCAGUUUUCUAACACGAGAAUUAAUUAUCCUAUAUUUGUCUCUAAAAGGGGGAUGUUUGAUAACUUAUUCCUGUCUCUUCAAACGAUACGAGAAUUCGUUCGUUGAUUUGCGCUUAAAAAAUACUGUUUUAAAUACUGCGCCUUCCUUAAUUCCAAAACAAAACGAGACUGCCCGUUUGUGGAAAAAAAACGAACAUGCGCAUGUGUGAGAAGAUGGUAUAAAAAUAAAAGAAAGAUAAUAUGUAAUUAAUCGUUCACGAAGAAGAGUGAGAGAAAAUACAAUAUAAGGGUUCGGUAUUUCUGCGGUGGUUUUACCGGGCUUAUUCGAGCCUUUAGCGUGAUAUGAUAAAGACGUGCCUGCUAUACGAUGUAGCUUUCGAAAGUUUAACGUCUUUAAUUUUCUAUAAACACAUGAUUCUAGUGCGUCCCCCGAAAUUCCCCAUUUUCCGCGCGUCUUCUCUCGAAGCAUCGCGCCUCUAAUGACGAUCGGCAUAUUCACAUAUUUUUUUCAAAAAUCGACAACCAACUUCAGCGAUUCAGCGAAUCGAAUUUUAAGUCCAAGGGAGAAAACAACAAUGUUGAUGACAAAAUGAUAAUGAAAACUUAAUACUUUCCACAUCCGAUUCGCAUCAUUUCUGUACGUAAAGAUUCGGAAUUUUGUCAAUUUAAAAAUGUAGGAUAUUCAUUCGCGUAUAUAAUGUGCAUAUCGAAAACAAUGUGUUACAAAUUUUUUUUUCUUAUUUUGCGGCAGAUAAUACCACAAUUGAUAAAAAAAGAUGCGCGAGAACGACGGAGGAAGUCGAAACAGCGGACAUCUCGAGGGACAGAAGGUUUAGCCAUUUCGUGUAAGAGAGAGAGAGAGAGAGAGAGUUUAUAUAAGAAGAUAUAUAUAUAUAUAAAAUAGAUAUACACACCUUGCGUUAUUUAGAUUAUUGCAAAUUGAGACAGUGAUAGAGAGUCGAGAGCGUAGUCGUAGAAUUGUGGGACUCGAUACGAGACGAGAAUUGAGCGAAUGCACGCGUUAACCAUUGCUAUAAUGCGAACGCUAUGACGCACGGAUAACGUAGCUUUUAAGGAUUUUACCGAUGCUCCGCCGUUAAUCCCUUCGUUUCCAGAUACCACAAAAUUACGCGAAUCCAUUAUCGAAUCGAUUUUUCGACAGAAUUAUCUGAAAACGCUCAAACAACGAAUUUGUCACAUUCUACACACAUCGACGGAAAUGUUGACUUUAAAUUAGACAUAUCGGCCAAGUUCACGCGAUAUCAAAUUGUUCGUCGACUGAUUGAUCGGUUUUAAUCCACGUAUAUAAUCGUCCAUUGUUACUCGCGAGAGAGACGCAUAUCAGUACAAUAAAUUUUUAAACGAUUUUUCAAACAAAAAAAACCGAUUUAUCGAAUUUGUAUCUGCAUUUUAAUUGACGCGUCGGAGAGUAUCACUUCAAGAAAGAAAAUGCCCCGCUGGUUUCGAAGGGUUUAAAAAACAAUUAUAUAUAUAAAAAAAUCAUCCAGGCACGCGAUCGAGAGCAAAAUCGAUUUUCAGCAUCCAUUUCUACCUCGCGCGAGGAUAACACGAUUUUCCUUUGCCGCACGACGCGUAAAGUUUGUCCUCGAAAAUAAAAUUUCUAAUUUUCCACGCGGCAUCGCGAAACAAGACAUUUUAGCGAAGUGUAUUGAUCACUCGGCAUAAACGAGAGACAUAGUACAGUAAGCAAAAUAAAAAAAAAAAAAAAA